AUGCUGCACAUUUCUCGGAAGGCGCGAAUAGGCGCGCCACGUCGAGACGAAGGGUCGCACGAGGGCGAGUACGGUGCAACAUUGAGCGAGACGGACAAACUGCCGAAUUUCGACCUCAUGAUGAACGCGAUGGACCCAGUCGGUGAUGUGCGCAACCAAGUCCUCUGCGUCCGCGCUCAACGAGCAAACAGAUCGGGAUUCGAACAAACAGCGCGGAGCUACUUCUUCCCGAUUAGGAAGGCCUUAUUCAUGAUUCAUCAUCACUCGUCCGAACUGUCAAGCCUUUUCCCAACCGCCAUGUCCCUCCGAGCGACGAACACGACCAAAGAUGCCGCAAACAGACACGUGAAUGAGAUGCUGGAUGCAUUGCGCUCACAUUCUCCCAGCGGCGAACACUUCCGCCACACGCAGAACGUCUCGCGCGUCCGCCGCGCCCCACCUCCAUCCAUAAACCGCGCCGCCCCCACGCUCCCCUUCUUCCUCGAAUACUACGCCGCAGCGCAGCCGACCGCCGGGCCCAGCACACCGCCGCCGGGGUCAGGGCCGAAGCGCCAGUCUGGUCCGCCCCCGCCGCGCAGCUGGACGCGAUCGUCAACUAACUCAGAUGCAGACCGUGCGCCGAGCUUGCGCUAUAAGUGCCUCCCGCACGUGUUUGCGCACCUGCCCGGGCCUUCGCAUGCGAAAGGCUUCCCGACAUUGGCCCUCGUAUGCCUUCGCGCGCUGCUUGCGCUGUAUACGCCUGAGGAGAUCGUCGAGGAUGUAGCUCCUCUGCUUCCUGGCCAUCUCCGACGGCUGCUCGUAAGAGACGCGGCGAUGCAUGCGCCUUUCUCUACCGCGCAACUGCUGGAGCUUGGUGGGGUAGAGGGACACAUCGAGGGCGAACUCGUCGUCGUUGGUCCAGCAGCAGGCCUUCGCGAAGAGCACGUCAUCCGAUUAGCAGACAGCGCCCGCGCGCAGGCCACAUCAGAAGAUUGGGACGCCGACGAUGACACAGGGACGCCUCCCCUGCAAACGCUCGUGCUCAUGUCAGCCCGACUCACACCCACCGCAUUGCUCAAGCUCCCUCCCUCCAUCACCCAUCUCGCACUCACCAACCUUCCCGAACCCAUCUUAUUGCAUCGACUGCCUGGCGUCUGUCCACUAUUGAUUUAUCUCGACCUAUCACACAACACCUGGCUGAGCAAGACCGAACGCCGAGCCGACCUCACCAGGAUAGAAUGGCCACGCUGGACACAGCUCCGGCGACUGGCCUUGAUAGGUUGCUACAUCCCCGACGAGCUCCCCAUGAAGGUGAACAAAUCACGCUGGGACGACGUCGAGAUUGUACAGUCAUAAGUCAUCAUAGUCAUCACAGGCCUCUCUUCGGGCAGCGUUAUUCAUAUACAAGAUGGGAAGCGGCGGUGGAUGUAGCUGUACAAUGG